UCAUGCAGCCAUGAUUGAUAAAACAUUUCGGUUAGUUGUUUUGAACCUUUUGAACUUAUUGAUCGUAUAGUGCAUCUAAUGAGUUGAUAAAACUGUUUCUUGCCUUAGUACCUACAUUGAUUGAUUUAUUCGAAAAUGUCGUUGUCGGAAGAAAUAGUUCGCUUCAAACUUUGGGCUACCAAAAUGGGGUGCCCGUUGGAGAAAAUACCUUCGGAUGAUUCGUUGAAAAAAUGCAUUCGCGGCAAGCAAAGUAUACUAUUUCAACAGAUAGUGUCCGGAAUUCGCCCAAGGCAAGAAAUAGCGACUAUGCGAGACAACGUCCUGGCGGCUAAACUGAAGCAAUAUCAAGCCCUAGGUGGUGUGGUUGCGAAAUCAAAAAUGGUCCAGAUGCCGAAGGAGUUACAACGCUACGAAAAAGUGGAACAAUUAAAGGAAAAAUGCUCUGAAACAAGGGCUAGAAUUCUUAGGAACAGAACAACAUUGGAAACGGUAACGGAUAAGAUAAAGGAAAAAAAUAUUCAAAAACUUCAGAUGGUUACAAAAUUGAACGAAUCAGUUGAUAAAACUGCAUUCUACAAAGCUGUGGAUAACUCUUUUCUGAAGGCAUCCGAGAAGGAAAUUGAAAUCAAACAGGUUAUCGAGCGUUCGAUGCCUGUGAAAGCAUCUGAUUCCGCAAAAACAAAAUCCGAUGCUGUGGAGGCUAUUCGAACUUGUUUGACAUAUUUAGAAGAGUUCUACUCAAAAUUCUCCGAGCUCAAACAGGAAGGUAGCCAGCAGGCACAACAAAAACUUUGGUCCAACAUUAGAGCAGUACUGAAAGGUAUUCCAAACUACCUUUUGUGGUGCGUCGUUAUGGAGAUGAAAGAGAAGCAACUUUUGGAAAUAUCGGAUGCUGAUUCCCAGCAAAAUGAGCACGAAAAGGAGAAUGCUUUGUCGGCUCAAGAUGUAUUGCAGAUUAAUAUGGCCAAGUUGUGUGGUUCUCACGUGAAUUUGUUCAUUGAUGUGGUUGCCAUGAAAAGAUCAAUUCAAGUAUUGAAAGAUGAUUAUCUUGCCAGGUAUACUCCAUUUGCUCAAAUGUUGGAAACUAAGAUGAACCUUUUGAACAUGAUGGACGACGAAGCUGAGGAAAUUCUUGAGGAUUACAUGUUCCAAUCUACAUCUAAAGAUUACAACCAAGGUCAAUUGGACUUCAUAAGCAAAGAAAUUGAGCGAAAAAAACAAGAGAUCAAAAUACAAACAUCGAAGUUAGAGAACCAUGAACAACUGUUGGCUCAAUUGAGAGACAUUUAUGGAGAAAUUGACACAUAUUCUGAACAAAUUCAGGAGGAAAUUCAACAACUAAAUCAGAUCAAGGAAAAAAUAUCAUAUUUCAAGCGUUAUAGUCGUUACACCGUUCACAACAUGCGGCAGAAAACCACAAACCAAUCCUUGAAUAUGCCGGAUCAGACGAUCAAUCUAACAAGGUUUGAAAAUAGUGCAUUGACCAACAUCCCUUUAUAUGCUCCAGCAAGCCUUCCAUCCUAUAUAAGCGAGUUAACGUCAUUUGCAGAGAUUCCAUUCCACAAGUUCUAUCGAUCCAGUAAAACCACCCUCUUUUCGCUCGACACUCACUUCUGCCUAUCAACGAAACAUGAUUUCAAAGCAUUGUUAUCUUUCCUACCAAAUUGCUUCUCAUCCGCUGAAAACUGUCUACAGCAAAUGCGCUCCGUGAUCAAGUUCGAUGAAUUCAUCCGCACUUUUGUGCAGGACAUCAAACCCGAAUUGAACACAGCCGUGGUGGACAAUGCACUUUACCAUCAGCUGUGGAAAGCCAACCACGAAAAAAUUUGCCAGCAUUUGGACGAGAUUGAAGCGAUCGCAAGCAACACACAGCAAGUGGUCGAGAAGGGCCGGGUUUACUAUAACUUUGUCUUGGCGAAUCCACUGCGAAAGUAUGUGCCUUCGAAGAAGCUGUUUAAUGGGCGAAACUAUCGCGAGUAUGAAAGUGAGUAUUUAAUGUACUACCGGAUGAUCCACGGGCCCAUGGCCGGACAAUGAUUAAGGGGAGAGGAAUUGUCAUGGUUGGUAUGAUGAACGCUUCUUUCCACGCGGUAGACAUCAACUAUUUACUCGAUCAUCUUGACCAAACGCAACACUGAAAAUAUAACUUUUUUUCAUCCA